AUGCCUGAAGCGGUCGAUACUUUCCAGGUCCAUGCGCCUGAGAGCAAACACAGGCGUACACCACCGAAUAACACCGAGUUCGACGAGGACGAUCCGGGCCAUGGGGCCGCCUCUAGACUAGGGGGUAUGCGAUGGCGCGAGAAAGCUUUCAUCGCACUGAGAGCCAAGCAGGCUUGUGCGAAGCUUCAAGCUUCAUGCUUGAAGCUUCUGGGUCCGCAGCAGGUGAGAGGUCUCGUGCUCCAUUUCUGCCAAGUGCGGACCGGACAGCGAUGCCGAGCAGGCGCGGGGAAAAUGAGCUAUUACGUCGAGCACCGUGUCUCGCCCGUUUCAACAUUUGAGUGGUCCUUCUCGAUCGAUCUGAGCCGUCGGCCGCCGCACACACAAGGCCCGCCAUUGCGGUGUACAUACUGUGUACAAUCCGCGCAAGCACGGCGUCAGCUCUUUGGGGUGGAGAGCCUGCGACCUGUGCGCGUCUGCCGUCUGCACGGGGCACAUGUUAAGGUGACGGUUGCGGCUGGGCUCGCAGAUUCAAGCCGCUGCCAUUUCAAGACCGAAACAUCGACGACUCAGAUUCGUAGGUCGCCUAGGUGUUCCCGGGAGAUGUGUCUGAACUUGGACGGGAGUCUUGGCCAAGCGUUGGGUCCUCCUUACAUUGGACAACUUUGUCACCAUCCCUCAACUCGACUCGAGCUGUUGCCGAGGUACUCGAUGUCUCCGAAAUUCACUCAGUGUUUGUCCUUGACGCGACCCUGCAGUCGGCCCGUCAAGGGCAUGAUCGAGGCCAGAACGAUUGGUCGCGGAGAGUGGCUAUAUCGCCCCAACGGGUCGGCACCGGCAUCUGGACCCGCCGACUCAACCUGGGAGUUUGUCGACCGCACGACUGUUUUACCCACAAUCCGGCCCAACUGGAUGAGGUGA